AUGUCGUGUAUUGUUCUUCAUCAUUUCCCCAUUAAUCUUUCUCAAUCAAACUCUAAUCCAGACCAGAAGAAGCUAUUCAUCAAUCCAAAAUCAAACGUGAGAAUCAAAGACUGUACAUUUCAACCUCAUGAAGAAUUGUUCACUAAUGUUCUCAAUUCCCUGUCUCUCUCCACUAAAAGAAGAGAUUCAAACCUCGGUUCUUCCCUCCAUGCUCAAAUAUCCAAGCUGGGUAUCACCACUGACGUUCUCAUCAGCAAUUCCCUUCUUUCCAUGUACGCAAAAUGUAAUCUUACACAAGAUGCCCACAAAGUGUUCAAUGAAAUGCCGCUGAGAACUGUUGCAUCAUGGACCUCAUUAAUAUGGGCUUAUUGCCAAGAAGAAAGAGAACAUGAUGCAAUAUCCUUGUUCAAGAAAAUGUUGGAGAAUCUCCAACCUAAUGAACAUACAUUGGCUGUUCUUACACAAGCUUGUGCAAAAAUGGGCAGCUUUGAACUAACUCGGGUUAUUCAUUGUUAUGCAGUUAAAUUUGGAUUAACAUCAGAUGGGUUUUUGAUGAAUUGUUUGAUAGAUGCUUAUGCUAAAUCAGGAUCAACAGAAUCUGCAGAGAUGGUGUUAGAUAUGUUAAGUAACAGAGAUGUUGUUGCCUGGACUUCAGCUAUAUCAGGACAUGUUUGGAAUGGAAGAGCUGAUAAAGCUAUUAAUUUGUUCUUUAGAAUGCAAGAAGAUGAUGUUCAACCGAAUGAGGUAACAAUACUAAGUGUUCUUCAUGCUUGUUCUUGUAUUAACCAGACUUGUUUAUUUCAAUACAUACAUGGAUUAGUGGUGAAAUCAACUGAAUGGUUUAGGAAUUCGCUUGUGAUGAAUUCUCUUGUUGAGAUGUAUUUAGUCAAUGGUUUUUUCCAUGAAGGUGUGAAAAUCUUCUGUAGUUUCUGUUUCAUGUCAUUUAAUGGUGAAAGUAACUUCCUCUGUAUAGAAACCAUGGCUAAACUGAUCCAAGGUUGUAGUUUGAAGCUUGGAGAAGGAAUUCAUGGGUAUUUGGUGAAAAAUGGUUUUUUACCUUGUAAUGUUAUAGAGAAUUCUCUUUUAGUAAUGUAUAGUCGAAAUGAUCGAUACGAUUCUGUUAAUCUUCUUUUUGGUAUUAUGAGAUUCAAAGAUACUGUCACUUGGAACACGAUGAUUUCAUGUCUAGUAAAGAAUAAACAACCAGAAAACGCGUUAAAGCUUCUGACCCAAAUUAGCUCACCCGAUUUUGUUACUAUGAUUUCGUCUCUCCAAGCCUGUUCAAGCUUAGCGAGUUUGCAGUUGGGUGAGAUCAUUCACGGGUAUAUUAUAAGAACCGGGAUGAUAAACGAUAUAAUUCUUCAGAAUUCAUUGAUUGACAUGUACGCUAAAUCGGGUAACUUAUGUUUAUCGGAGAGGAUAUUCAUUGAGAUGAAUUCAAAGGAUGUUGGGUCAUGGAAUUCAAUGAUCAUGUCGUAUGGGAUCAAUAGCGAUGGGAUUUCAGCCCUCAGCAUUUUCAAACAUCUCAUGAAAACUCAUCAACCGAAUGACAUCACGUUCGUUAACAUUCUCGCUGCUUGUGGCCACAACGGAUUGAUAACUGAAGGUCUAGAGAUUUUCGAUAGAAUGGAGAUCGAGCCGAGAAUGGAGCAUUAUGCUUGUAUGGUUGAUCUUUUGGGUCGGGCUGGGAAAGUGGAAGAAGCUGAAGCGUUUAUAGCCAAAAUGACAAUGUCUCCUGGAGGGGAUGUUUGGGGAGCUUUAUUAGGUGCUUGUUUGUUGUUCAAUAAUGUUGAGGUUGCGGAGAGGGCAGUUAGACACCUUGGUGUGAUGGAACCAAACAGGAAUUAUUGGAAAGUUUCCAUGGCUAAUAUAUAUGCAAGAAAUGGAAGGUGGGAAGAUGCUGCAAAGAUGAGAAAUGAAGUGAAGAAGAAGAAUGAUGGUGUAGAAGGGCAUGGAAGAAAGGAAGAAGGAUGGAGUUGUUUGGAGAUAAGAGGAGAAAUGGUUAGGUUUGUGACUGCUGAUUUGAAUCAUCAACAAAUCCAUGAAAUUUAUAGGGUCUUGAAUGGAAUUCACUCACAUAUUCGCGAAGCUUAUUGUAAAGAGUUUUUGAUUUGA